UCAGUUUUAAUGGAGCACAAACCAGAGAGAAACUGUAUUCAGAUUACACCCCUUUCUACAAGGAGCGACAUUGUGGCCACUCUGUGUAACCCACGCGGACUGGCGAGUGAACAGAAACACGUCCAGCGUGCAGACCGUCUCUGAGCUGGACGUGAGUUUCCCCGUGUGGAAGGGUCCCUGAUCACACCGGAGUGGAUGUUGGGGUUUGCACACUUAGAAUUUGUAGCAACAGUGGUGAAGAAGGCCUGCUGUUAGAGCGCAAACCCCAACCAUGGUGAGGCUGGAGCUGGACCAGGUGGUGAUCAGGAGGAUGAAGGAGGACGACAUUGAAGUGGUUAAAGCCCUCAUCAAGGAGGGCUCUGAGGGAACAGAGAACCGUCUCAUCCUCCACAUCCUGACUCGUCCACUUUGCCUCUUCGUCUUGGCUGUUCUUUCGUCGGUUCUUCGCUGCCUUGUCCACUCUUUUAUCCUCGCUCUGGCUAUUCCUGUCUUCCUGUUGACUGUCUUUCUCAAGCUCACCAUGCCACGGUCAGUAGGGGUCCUGGGCAGCAGCCGCCCCUACUGGGACUACGUGGGCAGCAGCUACAGAGGGAUCACAGAUGAAACACUGGACAAUCCUUAUUCCAGCAUCAGUGGAAAGACACCAGGGACAAAGAAGUCAAGGCGCAGAAUUGGCUGCAAGGACAAAGACAAGGAGACGUCAUCGGAGAAGGUCACCCCCGAGAGGGAGCAGGCAGCAGGUCAGGUGUGGGUGGCAGACCGCGAGGGGGAGAUUGUGGGCUGUAUCUUCCGGGAGAGUGAGCCGCGAGGAGGCAUCAGGAGGAUCUGCAGGCUAGUGACAGGCUGCUGGUACCGCAGGGAGGGCCUGGGCCGACUGCUGGUCCAGAGUCUGGAAAAGAGAGAGAGGGAGUUGGGCGCAACCAGAGUCUUUACGCACGUCCCUUACCCGUCCAAAGUGGGGGAAGCCUUUUUCAGAAAACUUGGCUAUCAGCAGCUGGGGGAGACUGUUAAUGAAGAAGAAGAAGAAGAUGAUGAGGUGAAGAAAGAGACUCCAGAGAGAGGUUUUAUGGGAAACCCUCUCACUAAGGUUUUUUACAAACAUUUGUGAGUGAGUGAUGAUGGACCUGAUGCAGUUGAGAAAGGGGGAGGUGGCUUACAGUAAGUGCAAACAUUGUAUCACUGCUGAUCUAAGUAUCAUAUUUGUUUAAGUUAAUAAUUUAUGGUAUGUUGUGUUUUCUAUUCAAAUAUUUAUUUGCUGUGUGUUUCAUCUUAUGCUUGUUAGUUUACUGUCCAAGCCAAGAACAAUAACUUAAUCAGUAGCUAUAAAAUAAAGGCUGUAAAUAUUCCAAUUCACCUCUAAAAGGAUGGCCGACUCCAGACCGCAACCGCACGCCGGCAGCUGCAGCAAACUAUAUUGUUGGUAUCGCUUCUGACUCAAAUUAGCUAAGGACAAAAACACUGACAGCUGCUUGACAGACAGUCAGAAUCGUAUUCUCUCCAGCGGGUGCUGAAGGAUCGAUAGCACCAAUGGUGUGAUUUACAGUGUUUACAGUCUGUUAUUAAUAUUCUUCAUAGUCAGAGGACGGAAAAGCUAAAUCACAUGCUUAACUUAGCUUACUUAGCUUUCUGUUUCUGAUUACCUUUUUUUCUUUAUUUUUUUCAGGCAACUAACAGAUAGUGUAUGUAAGAAAUACUUUUCCUCUGAAAUCACACAGUCAUAGCUAUAGUCUACAUAUUAAUGUUUAGUUAACAUGAAAACGUGUCAAAGUGUAAACGCAUGAAUGAUCUUGAUCCUAUAAAGACAGCUCUUGGAAUACUUUGGUAACUGUUCCUGAGUUCACCGGGUUCAGCGGGUUCACUGGAAACCCCAGCAAGUGCUUUGAAUUAUCACUCGUCAGCGUGUUCACAUUAUAGUCUAUAGUUUAUGUUACAAUUGCUGUUCUUGGUGCGGACAACCCUUUGAUAUUUAUCAUCCAUCUUUCAUUUAAAAUUAUUGCUUAUUAUAAAAUGAAUCCUUUCUCAUCAUUAAAUAAUUUAAAAAAUAAAUCCUAUGAUGCCUCAAA